AUGAAAACAGAAGUAUUGGAAUGCCCGGAGAAUAAUUUAAGGAGCGUCCUGUUUAAGGUGUUCAAAAAAUUACUAAUUUUCCUUGUCCUCUGUGUUUUGCUUGCACAUGUAUGGAUGGACCUUAAGCAUAACAAUACGUAUGCAUACAUGGCGAUGAGGAAUAAAAAACGAGAACUAGAAGAGAAAGGCUGUAAACGAUGGCAACAGCUGGGGCUAAAUGCUUAUGUGGGAUGGCGAACAGGACUACUAGCGUACUUGAGAGAUAGCCUAGAAAGAAAUGAAGUGGUUGAACCUCGCACAACCUUAUUACUCGCCAUUGUUGCACGUUUGCCACUUAAUCCACGCUGUGGAUUAGAAGGACACAGCAAGGAAAUAGCUGCGAAGUUGGCUGAUUAUUUGGGGAAAUUUCCAUCGUCUUCUCUCUUCGCUGAAAUAUCUUUUUGUGACGCACAGCUUUUGUCAAACUUGCAGUGUGAACGCUGUAAUGAAGAAGAAAACAUUAAUGAAAAUGAAAAGGAUGAUAAAUUUUGUAAAAGAAAACAACGAAGUGUUAUGGUUGGCUGGGAUAACAUUUUUCACCUUAAUCGGGAUGAAUUUACAGUGGAACAGGAAUCGGCAGCUAUCCUUAAAGAUUCGGCUCUGAAAAUAAUGUAUUAUAAAAUGGUUGAUCAUUCGCCUGAUGCAAUAUCCGAAUUUGAAACUUUUGCGCAUUCGUUGUCAAUAUUCGCUCGAUUGAUUGAAGACAGUAGUAUCUAUGGUUUCGUUGUAAAGCAACUUUUGUCGCAUGAUUUUCCAAUUACUAGCAAAAAUAAACAAGUUAUUAUUGCUUGGGAAGUGAUGCUGUCUUUACUUCUAAGAGGCUCGAUAAAUUUUUUACGCAGCGAAUCUGAUAUCUCCGGUUUUCCGUUUAGAAGGGUUAUAAUCGAAUGCAUUAUUUGUUGUGCAGCAAAGAUAGCUAAUAACAUAAAUGCUUACAUGUGUUCCAGUGGUAUGAAUUUUGAAUUACUCACUGAUUGUUAUAGCUUAUUCGAUGGAAUCAUAAAAUAUUACAGAUUAUUGAUCACAGUGUUUGACAUUCUUAUGUUGUCUCUCAAAUCAAAGCAUGCUUCGAAAAGAAUAUUUUCGAGUGUUACAAAUUCUAUUUUUCUGUGUAGAAAGGAACAGUUCAUUUCAUUAGUACGAGAAUUAUUUAUUUUCAUCGAAUAUCUCCCUUCUUCAUUUGUUGUUAGUAUUGUUAGCUAUUUCUCCAAUUAUAUUGUACAGUAUUCUAAUCGAAUUGCUUUGCUGAAGAAAUCAUUGCCGAAGUCAAAAUUUGAUUUUAAGGAAAAUGGCAAACGAUUUCCUUAUUUUGAUGUGCAGUGUGCAUAUAAAUUCGUGCAUGACAUCGUUACAGAAAUCGUAAGGAACUGUUCCGAAGAAGCUGUACUGUCAGAAAUUCUUAGUUGUGCUCUCUCUCUACCGGAUGAAUAUUAUUCCUUCAUAGGUAUUAUAUCAGUCUUUACAACAUUCCUCUCAGCUCAUCUACUGGAUAAUUUUAUUGACCGAUGUGCAGAAAUUAUUGCUAAGCAGCAGAAUAAUUUUGACAGACGAACUGUUACUGCAAUGCCGAGCGCAUUCCUGGUAUCAUUACAAAAUCGAAUUGGAAAUUUUCAGGGAGCGAAAUUUAUUUGUCUUUUACAAACGCUUUCGUCAAUUUGUCCAUUUCUGCUAGUACAAGAUGUAGAAAUUAUCUGUCUAGCAAUUUUAAAUCGUUUCAAAAAUGAGUCAUCACUUUCUAAAAAAUGGAAUGACAGUGCCAAACUGAACGAUAUCUCAAUCCAUUGUGAUGCGAUGGCUGAUUUUCUUGCUGAAUACUUAUUCGGACAAAAGGCUAUCGAAUUUGCUAUUAGUGAUGUGAUUUUGCCGUGUAUGGCACUUCUUGAAACAUCUGCUGCAUCAUUCAACCUUGUAUAUAUUAUAUGUAAACGAUCUAUUAUUGUUGGAAGUAAUCUGAUCAGUCCCAAAAGUGUUGAAGAUUUAGCAAAAUCAAUAAGUGAUCGACUUUCUCGAGAACUGACUUAUGCUAGUGCGGAUAUCUGGACGUUAAUUGGCAUUACUGAUUUUGCAAUUCCGCUGCUUCAUGUUGCUGAUCUCCUACUACUUCUGCUGUCUUACUGCACGGAGAAAGUUUUGCCAUCUGGAUUUCUGAUAUGCGCUAAACAAUGUAGCUCAACGUUAGUUAGUAUUACUAUGGAUUGGAUGCUAGCACCCAAUGAAGUUGACUCACACAUGCUUCGGAUAAGUCAACUAUUUAGUGUAUCAUUACGAAUUGUUCUUGCAACAAAUGUGGCUGAGGAAAAUCCAAUGGAGUGGAUACAAUCCAAGUUGAUGAAUAAUGAGCUGUUCAUUUCCAAUAUACGGUUGUUAGAGUGCUUUAUACGGGUGUUGUUUCUCAAGACGUAUUCACCUAUUCAAAGUAACCACUCUGGAGACCUAUCAUCUAUUAUUGAUACAGUCAAAAGUGCUGAUAAAUUUUAUUCGCAAUUAUCUGUUGUUUCAAUAUUACUGCUUCAAAAGCACAUUCAAGCUAAGCGUAGUGUAUCAUCGAAUAAUGAGUAUUAUAUUCGCAAGAUAUGUGGUACCCUUCAACAUGCAAUGUUAAAUGCUCAAUUUGAUAAAAACGUUCUUUUUAGUAAACUAAAUCGUCUCAUUUUGCAUUUGUUGCGGACGCUAGCUGAAAUAUCAGUGUCUUCUAACUGUUUUCGGGUUUUACUUACAUUCUAUUUUGAUUUUAUUUCUACAAAUCUUACACCGUCAGAUAUACGAAAUGUAUUUGCAAUUGUGAGGAAUGCUCGUUAUUUGCAGGUAGCGCUAACAGAAGUUUUAUUGGGAUUAUUGCCAAACGAAAAAGUUGAACCAAAAGAUGUCUAUGUUUUUCCACAAAAAAUCUAUGCGCAUAUGAAAAUUAACUGCGACGGAACAGUGCUAAAUAACUUACAAUUUGAUGGAAGUGAUUGGAAAGGGAAAUCGGCGCCAUCUUGGAGUGCUUCACUUUGUAAUGAACGCACUGAGGACAUGCAUAAUGCUAAAUUAUUUUCUGGAUCUUUAAGCAAUUUAGCAGUCAGUAAACAUGAAGACGAUUCUUUCGAUGGAUGUUGUGCUGCAAAACUUGCUCUUGAUUGGUCAUUAUGUUUAUUCGAUGGACUUACUGUUUCUUUUUGGUUGUUGCCACAGAAAUGCAAGAAAAGGGAAAUUGUUGGCAGUUUAGAGCAGGUUUAUCCAGUUUGUUCAGUGGAUACUAAUAAUUUGAGUUUCCUGCUUCAAGUGUCAUUCGAUAGCCGCACUUUACAUGUGAGUAUUGCUCUCAACGGUGAAGUAAAGCAGAGAAGAUGUCUUCCAUCAGUAUUGACGGAUGAUGCCUGGAACCAUAUUGUAGUGUCAGUUGACUCGAUGCUUUCAGUGCAUGUUUGGAUUAAUUCGCAGCGUUUCAUCAUGCGUGUGAAACAUAAAUGCGCAGUAUCUUUAGAACAAUUAUCAUUUGUGUUUGGCUUUGGUGCAUUGCAAAAAGAUCUGGUUUACUCGGAAACAUUUUAUGAAUUAUCACCAAUUCUUUCAUUUCGAGGUUCUCUGAAAGCUCCACAAGUGCUUAUCUUACGCGCCCUUGGCUGUGAUUGCAUUUCUUUGGCAGCAUGUAAUAUCAGUUCUCUGAUGUUGAGAUUGACGUCUCUCUUGUCCUCUCAAAAUCUGUUUGUUCAACAAAAUGCCUUUCUUAAGCUUUUUGCCGAUGUUGAAACUGCAUUUGCUUGCCUUCAGCAAGAUUUUCUUUUUGUUAUAAGAGACCGAAUGGCAUAUGUGCAACGAAAAUGCUAUUCACACAACACUAAGAAAAAAUUGGAGCUUGAUUCCUUACCUUCAACUGAAAGGCAUCUCUUGGAAUGGAAUUGUCCAAUGGUAAAGCGAUUGGGGAAAACCUCUACCGCUGAUUGCUGGCUUUCGCUUGGUUCACAAAAUCUUUUUCUUUUUAUGUUCGCAGAGGCUAUUGACCUAAAACAUAGUGCAUAUGAACAGGCAAUUACCUUUCAUCUGUUAUUCCAAUUUCUACGGCGAGUUAGCCCUUUCACAAGCGAAUAUACCUUUUCAAAUGUGUAUGACUGCGUAAUACGAUGUCUGUCAUCGUCACUUGCCUAUCUCGGUGCUCAAAUGCUUGAGGAAUUUCGAAGUACAUGUAUUUCAUUACCACCCAGGAUGAAAUGUUCAAGUGGAAGAUCGAAACAAUGGUUCAUUGUUGAUCCAGAGCUCGUAGUACGUUUGGUUUGCGCUCCAUGGAUAUGGAGAGGCCGGGAAAGAAUGUUGCAGUGGCGUAUUAUAUUAGAAGAUAUUGUACACUGCAUCUCAGAUGAAACAACAGAAUGUUCUGCAUUCAGUAGGGGGCAGCUGAAGCGAGUCAGUUUUCUCAAAAAACUUUUUCAGGCCAUUUUGGAAAUGCUUCAAGAUGAUAAAAAUUACCGAAUUGAGGUACAAGAUGUUGCACCAUUAACUGAUACUCUAUUAACAAUUAUUCGUAUAAUGCUAGGUUCAUUAGCAGUAGCCGAAGGAAUAAUUCAUCUUUGGAAUUUUAUAUUCCUUUCUCAUGCAGCUGCUUACACGUAUAUCACCUAUGGCCAUACUGAUCAUUUCCAAUGGCUUCAGCAAGAAUUAUUACAAGAGGAAUGCAAAUUUGAUUUGUUGAAGGAUACCGAUUUGGUGGGUCGUUUGAAAGAUUAUGGCAACAUGCUUGGGAAAAAUCGUGUUGUCGAAGUUUGGACUAAAGAACGUUCGGUAAUAAAAUUACGGCAAAUGUAUGAUGCAGUAUGUUUAGUUGAUAAUCAAAAUAAUGAAUAUUCUGCUGAUUCAAAAUGCCCUACCACUGUUUGUAAGAAGGGUGUGCUGGAUUUGGCUGGCAAUCUUCGAAGAGCAAAAGGGGAAUCAUAUGAAAGUAGUGAAAAUGCUGUUAUGAAGGAAGAGAAAAAAGUCGAUUGGUUUUGUGAUCUUCGCUGUAGAUGUUUGGAACAGUUAGCAUUAGUUGUUCAGAAUGCACCAGAUGCAUCUUUUACUGAAGUUGUAAACAUGCGCAUAUCGUGGCAAGCUGUAGUGGUUCUAUUAACAAAUCAGUCUGAUGAACGGUUUCGAGAUCAUGUGUUCAAUUUACUGAAACACAUUUUGCUUCGAGCAGAUUCAGAAAUGCGAUCCGAUUUCAUAAAAAAUGAUGGAUUUGAGUUACUUUCGAGCCAAAUGAGGGGUUAUCCUAUUACAGAUGAAAUAGCCUCAUCACUGCUCUCGUUGCUUUUUGAAGAACCAAUUCGUUUCAGCGAUGAGCUGGGUUCAGAUCAUGUUCCGUUUCUAAAACUGAAUCAGUUUAAGUGUCUCUCACUGAAAGCAAUAUUUGUUUUAUGGGAGGAAAGCGUUCGUCAUUCGAACUUGCAUACGUACUGGAAUAUUUCAUCCAUGUUGAUAACAUUAUUCAACGAAAACGAAAUGCUGAUGCAAGCAAUGAUAAACUUAGGAUUAUGCACUACUGUUGUAUCCGUUUUAAGGCGAAUUGCUUCACUUCCUCCCAUAACAACCGAUUUGAUUCACGUAAGCGCAACAGCUCCGUUUAUGGAAUGUUGGUUUGGUAUCGUGAGGAGAAUUAUACGCUUAUGUUUGCCUUAUCGCAAUUCACAUUUGUACAGUAUGUGUCAGGAGAUGCUAUGGUUGCUGGAAAUGGCAGUCCUGAACGUGGACAUUCAAUCAGAAAGAAUCACUCGUCAAGGUCUUACCUGUGUUUAUGGUCUAUGGUUGACAGUGCUACAGGAACUCUACCUAAGUAAUGGUAAGUCAGAUUGGGAUUCAAUGAGUGACUUGUUAGCUGCUGGUGAAGAAAGUGCUGAUGAUGUAGUGGAUAACGAAAUGCAGAAUGAUAUAGCGCCUACCAGUAAUUUUCUGUCCGAAACGCUUUCUGCAGUAGUUGGAACGAUUGCUGAUUUCCGAGACAGGAAAUUCUUCUAUAGAAAUAGCUAUAGCAAACGCUUACCUCCAAUAGGUGAACGCGCGGAACGUCUGAUAUUUUGUGUCACUGAGAUUUCACAUUUUUUUACUAGCAUGCCAGUGAAAUCACUUGAAGCUGUUACAAAUCAAGAAAUGAAAUUAUUUAAAAUAUUCCUGUCAUUCCUAUCUCUAGUUUGUAAGCAAAAUGACACACGAAUAGUAACUUUUGAGCAUCUCAACAAUAAACAGCGAUUGAUGAAUAUCUGUGGUGAGCGUAUUGGACAUUUAUUUGGUCCACUUAUUGCUUUUGUACUUUUUCCGGCAUCAACAAAGGCUAGCAAAUUGAGCUUCGUUACAUCUAAUACAGGAAGAAAUGGAAACAGCUGGGAAAUGAAAAGACGUUUAAUGAUUGUGAAGAUGUUAGUGUCAAACAAAAAUCAUCUAAAAUCCCUUCUUGAUGCCAAUUUGGAAUACCAGUGUGCGCUAAACUUGUCAUUGCAUGAAUUAGCAUUACUGGAUACUAUCGAGGAUUUGGACGUUCAAAAAGAUAUUGAAAACCUAAUUAGAUUUUUAAGGAAAUUACAGAUUGAAUCUCCUCUAGCGACUUUAGAUGCUGAUCGACUUAUGUCUUUGAAUAUGGAUGAGUCAUUGGCUAUUCAUGGUUACCUGGAAUAUCGUAACAAAUUUUUAACGAGGGUACAACAAAGAGCAAUUCGUUUUAUUGUUGAAGAGAAACAACAAACAAAGAUUCGAAGCGAGGUAGCAAUGCAAAUGACAUGUCGAGUUGUAGAAGAUCAGAAUUUGCUACGAAAGAACUUUAUGAAAACUUGUCGAGAGUCAGAACUAAAAAAUAUGGCUGCUAACGUAUUUUUAGACGGUUUACUGACAGAGCUUUGUCAUCCGGAAGGUCUUUUUUAUGAUGCAGAAUCAUGGCCAUCGAGUUGGGCACUUGACCCAACAGAGGGACCAAAUAGGGAGCGUCGUAGAUUGAUGCCUUCACAUUUAUCGUUUGACAUAAAAUUUUUGCGGCCACAGUCGAUAAACAAGAUCAAAAAGCGGGAAAAAUCUCCCCCUCUAUUUCAUUUACUGAGCGAUCUGAGAGGAAACAUAAAUGAAUUGAACUUAGAAGAUGGUUUAGUACCUGGUGAACGCAUCAUUUUAUCACUCUCAGCUGUGGUUGUGAGAUCGACAGUUGAAAGCAGCGGUGAAAUUCUUGCUGGCGACAAAAGAUUUUACUUUCACAGUGAUUACACAAGAUCCGUACAAAAGAGGUUAAGUCGUACCAAUACACUGUUCAUUCGAUGGAGCUAUGGAGACUUGCUCGAAAUCUAUAAGCGGCAUCAUCUUCUGAAAGAUACUGCUUUAGAAAUUUUCUUGUCAGAUGGCCAAACUUAUCUUAUUGUUUUUGAAGAUCAAGCGAAGCGGGAUCAGUUUGGUUUGCAAAUACUUUCAUCCGAUUUAUGCAAAUUGUCCAGUUUUUCGAAUGUAUCUGUACAAUCAGCCACACAAUUAUGGCGGGAGGGAGCGAUCACCAAUUUUGAGUACCUGAUGCAGUUAAACAAGUUGGCUGGUCGUUCAUAUAAUGAUCUUAUGCAGUACCCAGUAUUUCCAUUUGUUCUUUCGGAUUAUAAAUCCACUGUAUUGGAUCUCACUAAUCCAAUCUCAUUUAGAGAUUUAAGCCGCCCAAUGGCAAUUCAGAAUAAACGGUUAGAGAAACAUUAUCUCCGAAAAUACAGUUAUCUUGCUCGAGAGGAGGUUCAAGCAGUAUCUGGUUGCGGUUCACCAUUCAUGUUUGGACCUUAUCAUUAUGGAAGUCAUUACUCGAAUAUCGGUAUUGUCGCACAUUAUCUUGUUAGAUUGCCACCAUUUACCGACAUUGCGCUAGAAUAUCAAGACAACAAUUUCGAUAUUGCUGAUCGAUUAUUCAAUUCAAUUGAAACCACAUGGCGUUUGGCAAGCUUUGAUUCAACGACUGAUUUCAAGGAACUUAUUCCUGAAUUCUUUUAUUUGCCUGAUUUCUUGAUGAAUAAGGAAAAUCUAAAUUUAGGAAUGCGUCAGAAUGGUGAUAUUGUGGAUGAUGUUAUUCUGCCGAAAUGGUGUCAAGGAUCAGCACGUUUAUUUGUGCUUAUUCAUCGACAAGCACUCGAAUCUUCAUUUGUUUCAUCAGCGCUGAAUUACUGGAUCGACCUAAUUUUUGGCUAUAAGCAAACGGGGAAAGCUGCGAUCGAUGCAAUCAACGUGUUCCAUCCCGCGACAUACAGGAUGAAUACGGUGCAUGGCUUAAACGACGAAUAUGACGAACUUUCGAUCUCCGCCCUAAGAACUAUGAUACAGACCUACGGACAAAUGCCAUUACAGCUUUUUCGUUCACCUCAUCUUCCACCUUUGUGUGGGAAAAUGCAUCAAAAUAUUCCUAGCAUUUCAUUGAAUCCACUGGACACGGUGAGAGGAAUAAGAUGGGGUGAAUUUAUAGGGAGUCCGGAUACUGAAUUCGGAAACUUAAUAGUUGUUCUAAAUCAAAAACUGCCGAGUAGUGAUUGGUCUGGCCGCCUUGUUGCAUUCUCAGAAGGAACUUGUUUUGCAUUCCCGAGCAAUACAUGUUUUAUUUAUAAGUAUGGGGAAGGAGUUCGACCGCGAAACCUUUGCAGUUAUGGAUUAGUAACUUGGCGACAUAAUGAUGGGAUACUUCGAUUGCGUCUUCAUGAACCGAAGCUUUGGUGGGAUUUGGCCAGUUACCAUACGUAUAAUGUGGUGACAACAGCUUAUUGUGUUUCAUUUGAUUUGCUGUUUAUAGGACUUUCAUGUGGUAUUAUACUCACCUACCGUAUACAAUUAAGCGAAUUUGGUGUGAAAGAUUUUGCACUUCUAAAAACGCUGUACGCACACGAUACUGCUGUACGUGCAUUAGCAGUUUGUGGUAAUUUUGCUGUUGCGGCUAGUGGUUGCGACAUGGGUAAAAUUUGUAUAUGGGAUCUAAAUCGUUUAUCGUAUGUUCGGACUCUUGUUCCGGCUAAUGGAAGAGAAGUGCAGUUCAUUUGUAUAAGUCGAACUAGUUGUGACGUAGCCAUCGUGGCUUAUUCCGGUUAUGGGAGCAGUGUAACACUGAAAACUAUCAACGGGUUAGAAAUCGGUAGCAUCGAUACCGAUAUCGUUGUUACUGCAAUUGCUAUGACAUCAAUUUCGGAAGGAACUGCCGUAAAUUGUGUUUUUCUGGGAAUGCAAAAUGGAGUGAUUAGAAUAUUUGAUAUGUGGACAAUGAAAUUUGUACGUGAUAUCGUCGAUUAUCGGUUUCUUGAACCUGUUGUCAGUAUUAGUUUUUCAAAUCGAUGUACGAGGUUGUUCGUUAAUUUCUCAUCCGGUCGGGUAUUGUGCUGGCAAGGAGAAAAUUUGCAGCCAAAACGACCACCAUCACUGAACAUUAUUAGCGAUAUGUGA